AUGGGCUACUUCAGCUACCUUGUGCCGCCUCCUGCCCCCAAGGAGGGCUGGACACUGAAGAGCUGGUUCGAAUGGCAGUUCCGCAUCAAGGAGCGUGGCAGCACCGUGAUGCGCGAGACCCGCGCCGGCAUCGUCCUCUUCCUCGUCUCCGUCUUCUCCGUGCUUCUGAACCCAGUCAUCCUGAGUGGUGCCGCGUCUGGCUACAACACGGGCAUGCCUCCCACCGACGUCGCCCUGGCCACAGCCAUUUCCUCGGGCACUGGCACUCUGUUCAUGGCUCUGUUCGGCAACUACCCCUGGGUGCUGGGCGUGCAGCUCGGCACCAAUAACUACUUUGUUGACUCUGUGCUGGGUCAGGAGAUUUGUGGCUACAACUCUUUCUUCAGGCAGGGAGACCCUCUGUGUGCUGGCGAACCAUGCACCAUGCUUGGAAAUAUUCAGGCAACAUGCAUGGGUCCGACCCAUUCUGCUUGUGCUUUGCCAUGUCCUAAUGCCUCGCUGCUGCUUCUGCAGUUGCUCCACGGGCACCAACGCGAGCAGAUUGUUGACCAGAUCGGCACGGCUGACAACCCGGGCCCCUGCUUUGGCACCACCAACGAGUGCCUGGGUUCCCAGAUCUCCUACCAAACCGCCCUUUGUGCCACCUUCCUGGAAGGCGUCGUCUUCUUCCUCAUCUGCAUCACCGGCCUGCGCGCCUUUUUGCUGCGCCGGAUUGCCCGCUGCAUCCUCAUCGCCGGCGCCUGCGGUAUCGGCAUCUUCAUCAUGUUUGUCGGCUGGAAGGGCAUGGGCGUGGUCGUGGCCGACAAGUACCCCUCCCUGCUUCGCCUCAACACCGAGACCCAGUAUGCUGUGACCGGCUGGGGCGAUGGGUCUGUGCAGACCGGCAUCGGCUUCAACUCCUGCGUCAUGCUCCUCAACCUGCCCCCCUUCGGCCCCGUCUGCCCCUGGCUGGCCGUGGGCGGCCUGGUGUUCACAACCAUCCUCAUGCUCUGGAACGUCCCCUCUGCGUUCAUGAUGGGCGUCCUGUUCACCACCUUCAUCUCCUGGAUUGUGUUCCCGGAAAAGGUGUCGGAGGGCGGCCUGGUGCCAGACAAGGUGGCCUACGCCCCAGUCUUCUCUGAGACCGCAUUUUCGCUGAGCUUCAACUGGGCUGGACAUGUGGGCAAGCUGACUGGCGCGCUGGUGACCUUCCUGUACCUUGACUUCCUGGGCUCUGCCAUCACUUUCUGCUCUCUGGGCCAGAUGGCUGGCAUCCUGAGCACCCUGUGUUACAGUCACCCCGCUAUGAUAGGCCGCGCUAUGAGCAAGGAUGGAGACAUCCCCCGCAGCAACAUCGCCUUCAUGGCCGAUGCCUUUGCUAGCAUGAUGGGAGGCCUGCUGGGCAGCUCUGCCCUCACUACCUACGUCGAGUCGUCUGCCGGCAUGAAGGAGGGAGGCAGGACAGGCUUUGCCGCCCUUGUCGCCGCCAUCCUCUUCUUUGCGUCCUCCUUCCUCUCGCCGCUGUUUGGCCAGAUCCCUUCGAUUGCCACCUCCCCCGUUUUGGUGCUGGUGGGCAUCAUCAUCUUUGCCUCUGCCGUGAUUGACAUCAACUGGGAGGACUACAGUGAGGCGGUACCGGUCCUGGUCACCACCACCAUUAUGCCCUUCACCUCCAACAUUGCCUACGGCAUCAUUGCCGGCAUCGGCUCCUACAUGGUCUGCAAGUUCUUUACCUACCAGCUGCUGGAUUAUGAUGUCCCUGGCCUGGACCAGCGCAAGUGGCCCGGCGUGGGCAUCUAUCAGAAGUGGUCCGCCACCUUCUCCCUCUUCAUGCCACUGCCCGGCUGGAACUGCGCCUUCCCCGGCGAGGCCCCCACAGGCAAGCCCGCCCUCCCCGAGGCUGCCGCCCGCACAGGGCCGAUGUUGUCAGCCCCACUACCGCCGCAGCAGUGCAGCGACCAGAUCAGCUACGAUGCUGCCCUCAAAAAGGCCAUGGGCUCCAAGUACAUCGAGGUGCCAGAUGUGGUGGACGUGUCGGAUGAGGGCUCCCCCCCCAGCAUGUCCGAGCUAGAGAAGGGCAGCGCCAAGGCCGGCGACAGCGCCCACAACGGCACCGAGGCGUUUCGCGCCGUCUGAGCGUCCCCCGCCCGCCCUCGGCUCCAUCCUGGAGCAGUGAGAGCCCCCACCAGACGCCCCCAUGUCGGCAGUUGCGCCGCCGCGCGCCGCCGGCUGGCCUGGCUCUGUUGCUCUGCCAGUUGCCGGCAAAGCCACAGAGCCACGCCGUUCCCAACCGGGGGGGCAGCCGACGCAUGCCCGCACCGCAUGCCCUAACUGCACUCCCCUGAAACUCAAGCCUGUUGAUGGUACACCCCCUUUGCUUGCCCCUUUUCAACCGUCUGCUCACCUAGCGCCUUUCCCCCACACCCUGGCACGCAUGCGCGCACACACGCCGCUGCCCCCCCCUUCUUUUUCCUGCACCAACCAUGCUCGUCAGCUUUUCUUCACUCAUUCAACUACCAACUCUGCUGCCCCCUCAGCCCCCCUCAGUCCUUUUAUGCACACACAGAAAACCGCCUGCGCUCGGCGCCUCCCCCAUGGCCCUCUGUAGCAUUUGCCUCGUGGCUUAGAACUUAAAUUGUAGUACUGCACUUGGGCAGCACUCUUCCCUCUGUACAACAGGGCAUUUCUCCAGAAGGGAACCACUUGUAUUCACCACUGUAAGUAAAAAACUG